GCAUAUAUGUGUGAUACGACACACUCGUAUUAAUUUUCUUCAAUAUUUAUUUCUCAUAUUUAAAUCUACGAUAAUUACGAUAUUUUUUAUCCCGUUUGUAAAAUCCCGUUUCAACCUAUACAUAAAAGUUAUCAGUUGUUUUCAUGAUUAUAAAUAAUAAAAUAAACGAUAAAAUACACUACAGAACAGUUUUGCCAUGACCCGCAAAUGUGCAUUAUGUAAAGAGACCAAUUACAAGAACAAUUAUAGCUUUUUCUCAGCACCUAAGGAUCCAGAAAUACGUAAAAAAUGGCAAGUAGCUCUUGGCAUCGAAAAUUAUCCUAUUACAGAUGACAUAUACGUAUGCAGCAGACACUUUCAUAAAAAUGAUAUUAUUACGCACUGGGUUAGUGGAGUACCACCACAAGUAAUAAAGAUCAAAUAUAAAAAAUGCCGAUUACGUCCUGGAGCUGUACCAGGUAAACACUUUUACUUAGAUAACAGUUCGCAAUCAAUAAACAAAGAUGCUUUAAAUAAAAAUGAGGUGGAUAUGAAUGAUUUCUUGAUAUUCAGAGGAAAAAAAGACAUAGAUUCAUUAAAGGAUGAGAAAACUUUCCUAAUACCUAGGAAGAAGAAACAUGUGAAUGGUAAUGAACAUAUGGACAAUAGAAAUGGAAACAUAAACAAAGUAGAUACAAACGUUACUAUGCAGAAUUCAGAAUUGAAAGAACCAAGAACUAAAAGAGAGGAUAAUGAGUCGGAUAAUAUAUUUGAGCAUGAUGAUAGCUUAGAUGUUUUUGCAGAAUCAAACAUUAAAAAUACGAAUAUAAAUAAAGAGGAAAGUCAAAUAUUGAAUAAACCGUUGCACACAGAUGCAUUGAGUAAAACAGUAGAAAAUAGUGUUAAAAAAAACGAUUCUUUCAAGAAACAUAAAAGCGAAAAAACACCACUAAAGAUCUGGAAACCCAAUGGUGUUUCUAUGGAUUCUGAAAAAUCUGUUAAUCACGAUAUAGAAAUGACAGAUUUAUAUAUAAACAAUCAAGUAUUAGCGACUUUGAAUUAUGAUAAUUUAUGUAUACAGAACAAAAUAGAAUACAACGUCAACAAAAAUGAAAUAUUAUUUGAAGAUUUUCUUGAUGUAUAUACAGAAGUGUCUGUACCGCGCGGUUGGUCGUGUUUAGUAACGUCAAAAGGUCAUAGCACCACAGUGGUAUAUCUCUGUAUGGGGAUUACAAAAAAUGGGCUCCCUUUUGUAGAAAAACAAGUAUUUAUCAGGAGCGAUAUGAUAUUGCACUGUGCUGCAGUAAAUAGAGAAAUUGAUCCAAUAGUGCAUAAUUUGUUAAAGGAAGACAAACAUAUCAAAAUAAAAAGUUUAUUAGAUAUAGAAGAACUGGUUGAUGAGUUUGAUCGACGAAUUAUAUGCCAAGGUAUAUGCAACGAAAAAGAUUGUGAACAUAUAAAUAUAGCAAAGGUCGCGUACAAAGAUGGAAUUAAGUGGCGUCAUAGAUUGUGUCCAUUAAUUGUAAACACUAACUUGUCUAGAUGUACAAAAUGUACUAUAUUAUUUCGCACGUUAGUACAUAAAUCCCGAGAAUCAUUCUCCAUUGGCUAUGACAAUCUUUUCAAAUUUAGGAAACAAAAACGAAAAAGUACACAUGCCAUAACAAAUCCAAAAACAUACAGAAAAAUGGAAUCGUCAAUAUAAAUAUGCAGACUUUUAAAGAAUAAGUUUAUAUCAUUGUAAGUAGUAAACGAUCUAAUAUAUAGUUAAUGAAAAAGACUUAUGGCUUGGUACUAAGGACUAAGAAUUGGUACUAAUAUGACCAAAUGUUACUAAUUUGCAAAGUUAAAUAUGUCAGAAACAAAUAUUUUGGCCUAUUCUUUGAAUCUCCUUCAAAAUCAAGCUUCUUUAUGUAAAUAAAAAUAAAAACAAGUUUCAUAACUUAACAAUAAAAUCUACGUAUAUAAGUGUACAAAAAUAUACCUUUAUAUGUAUAACAGCCCAAAUAAAAUAUUAUAUUUCAGAA